AUGGGGUGUGUACUAGGAAAGCAUGACCAUACCGAGAAGAAAGAAAGAGCAAUUUACUAUCUCAGUAAGAAGUUCAUUGAUUGUGAGGCAAGUUACUCGCUAAUCGAGAAGUUGUGUUGUGCUUUGGUUUGGGCUACCCGAAGGCUCAAGCAAUAUAUAUUGUAUUACACCACUUGGAUGAUCUCCAAACUUGACCAUUUGAAAUAUCUUAUGGACGUGCCUGCUCUAUCCAAAAGAUUGGCUUGUUGGCAGAUUCUAUUUUCAGAGUUUAACAUCCAAUAUGUGAUCCAUAAAGUAGUUAAGAGGAGUGCUAUAGCAGAUUUUAUAACAAGCAGGACUUCCGGAGAAUAUGAGCCACUGAGUUUUGAUUUCUCAAAUGAAGAUUUAAUAGCUAUUUCGGUGGAAGAAAUGUCUACUUCUAGCAAUGGACAUUGGAAGUUGAACUUCGGUGGUGCUUCAAACACAUUGGAGUAUGAAAUCGGGGUAAUUCUGGUCUCACAUAAUGGAGAACACUACCCUUUCACCAGCCAACUAAAUCUCGAUUGCACAAAUAACAUGGAUGAGUAUGAAUCUUUUGUUUUUGGUAUCAAAGCUUCCAUUGAAUGUGAAGUAAAAAUACUCAAAGUAUAUGGGGAUUCAGCUUUAGUAAUUUAUCAACUCUCAAGGAAGAAAGGGAAACAAAAUAUCCCAAACUGGUGGAAUAUCAUAAAUUGGUCAUGGAGCUUAUCGAAGAAUUUGAAGAUGUGA